UUGAAUCAUGGCGGCCUUUUGAUGUCAGGACAGUGAUCACUAAUAUAUGAAUGGCGAAACGUAGAAGCCGAAUCACCUACGCCCCAAAGUCAAGGCGCAGAAGCCGUGCAUCUGAUCGUAGUCAGUCGGCUGUGGAAUCAAAUGUACCGAGGAUAAAGGAAACAGAUGUCUUACCAUCGACUAGUCAAGAAAAGAGUGAAAUUCGUUCUGCAAACGAGGAGCAUUUAUCUCCAUGCAGAAAUUUAAAGUCUAAAAGAACUGAAGGUAAAUCUGGAAGGACACCCAAGAGUAAACAAAGAACAAAUCUAUUUCAUGAGAGAGGAAAAGCAUUGAGGGAUGAUGGAACGCCACAGCGCAUUCAGGAUAUAACUGUCACAAAGAGGACAUAUGCUAGAUGGAAGCCACUUUGCAUGUCAACAAAAACAUAUACUAAACAAGUCCUUGAAAACUUGAUUUUGAGUGUUCUGAAUGACUUUCCAGAUUCCAAGAAGAAGAGAGAAAUUCAGUUUCAUUUUCAGCAAAUAUCUGAAAGGAUUGCGAUUAGGCUUGACAACAUCAAAGGACCAACCCAAAGAGGAGACUACACCAAAAUGGAAACUGAAUCACAUGAAUUGGAAGAUGCAUUAAUUUCUUGUACUAAUCAAGUAAAUGCCUUGGAGAAAGAGUUAAAUGACCAGACAAGGCUUUUAGAACAGGAUGAAGAGAAGGUGAAAAGCUUCAGGGAUAACAAAAACCAGCAAAACCAACCCCAGCUCCAUCCUCUGCUCCAAGUUGAGGCUCAAAACUCCUUAAAUCUACCAAGCUUGUCAAAUGAAGAGUGUAACUUAUCUACAGUGUUCCAGGUAUCCUCCAUCCUGCAAGGCAAUGGACAACGACUAGCUCAAGCACUAACCAAGCUGAGUAAUCAAACAGAAAAACUUGGCUUCAGAAACUGGCUGGAGGCUGUAUCUGAAACAACUCAUGUCUUACAUGAUUCUUAAGCAUGAGAAAAUUGCCUUAAAGUUAGAACAAGCAUCCAUCUGAAGGAACUGUGCAUUAAAAUGGACACAAUAGUUGAGAGACUGAGACAAAGACAACUGUUUUUGCAAAGAGGCAUUCAGUGAGAAAUUAAAGGAAGAUGAACUACAGUUGAUCUCAAUGUACAUGUACUCUAACAGUGCUAACAUUGAAACAGAACAGGUGCAUUUGUCGGAAUAGGGGUAUUUUUAGCAUAGGGGUUCUUCUAUAAGGACGCUUAUAAGAAUUGGGGCAUUUAAUGACAAAAAAAAUAAAAACCAGAAUGUUUAUUUUUUUUAAGUCUUAGUAUAAACAUACCACUUUAACUAUAACUUAUGAAACAAGCACAAGCCCAGCACUCAAUAAGUUCAUCCUAAUUUAGAUGACAACAUCCAACACCAAAGUAGGAAUGAAAGGUGUUAAAUGCUAAGAAAAAACUCAGAAUUCUGUUGGUUCCUUGCACUUUUUUUGUUUUUGUUUUUGUUUUGGUUUUUUUGUAUUUUUAGAAUUUUUUUAAAAUUUCAUUUCAUCAUUUAGAAAUAGUGAAAUAUUGUUGUAGAAAAUCCCUUCAACUCACCCAUAACUUGUGCUAAAGAGUCCAGAGCAUUCAUUCCACUGUAAAAAUAGAAGAGACUAAUUUAAAAUAUUUAUGUACGUUUUUCCUUUUA